GACAAACAAUAACAUAGAAAACAUCAAAGUUUUAAACCACCGUCCAAAAAACAUGUCUUCCGAUCAUCAAAGAAUCCACCCGGCUCCAGAUAUGGAAGCCCCACCACCGGCUUCCGCACCGUUGAUGCCACCCAACACUCUCAAAUCCGAUAGCAACGGCCGUGAUCACUACCCUCCUCCGCCAACUCGUGCCGCCUACCCGAUACCACCCCCACCUUACAAACGUAGGAAACGAAGUUGUUGCUGCCGUGCACUUUGUUGUAUUUUAUGUACACUCCUUAUCCUCAUUGUCGCCAUAGGUGCUACCAUCGGUAUACUAUUCCUUGCCUUCCGCCCAAAAAUCCCAAAUUAUUCAAUUGAUCACCUUUUAGUCACACAAUUCUCCCCUAACUCUAACAACUCUAUCUCCGCCACCUUCGCCGUAAACAUCACCGCAGACAACCCUAACAAACGCAUAGGCAUAUACUACCUAGGUGGGUCUAGUCUUAGUGCUUGGUACAGAGACACCCGACUUUGUCAAGGCUCUUUGCCAAGGUUUUACCAGGGACACCGUAACACCACCGUUAUCGAUGUCUCGUUGACCGGAACCGUUAAUGAUGCUUCGGGUUUUUCGACUACUUUACAGCAACAACAAAGAGAGACAGGAAAUAUACCCUUGGUAUUAAGGGCUAGGGUUCCUGUAAGGAUUAGGUUGGGGAAGUUGAAGUUGAUGAAGAUGAGGUUUAGGGUUACGUGUGAGUUAAGUAUUGAUAACUUGGCAAGUAACAGUGAAAUUCGGAUUGGGAGUAGCAGCUGCAAGUUUAGACUCAGACGCAUUUUUUGAUUUCCCAUUCUUUUCGAUCUUUUCCAUUCCUAGUUUCCUACUUUUAUUUUUAUUUUUUUGUACCUUAUCGAGCAUUAUUUUUCGUAAUUUUUUUUAAAUAUUAUUUUUCAUAUGUCGAAUAAGGAUUUGGAUGAUUAUUUGUGGA